AACUAGAACCUAGGUAAAUUUCCUGAGUCAUGUUGAUGUUUAUUUCAGUCCAAUUUACCGCUUAGUGAGUUGAGCUUGCUCUCGUUCAUGAUGGAGCAAACUGUUUCAAAUGUGGAAGUCUGUAAUUUAGCCUUCACCGGUGAAUUUGACAAAUUAAAGAAAUGUAUUUUAACGGAUAAAUCGCUCGCUUGCAAAACUGACCAGGACCAAAGGACCGCUCUCCACUGGGCCUGCUCGGCUGGACACGUCAAGAUCGUUGAGUUUCUGUUGGAUUUGGGGGUGGAAGUCAACCUACAAGAUGAUGCCGGCUGGACUCCCCUCCACAUCGCAGCAUCUGCAGGCAGGGAGGAGAUAGUGAAGUCACUGAUUAACAAAGGAGCCCAGCUGAACUCAGUCAACCAGAACGGCUGCACCCCUCUGCACUAUGCUGCCUCCAAGGACAGAUAUGAGAUCGCCCUCCUGUUGCUGGAGAGUGGAGCGAACCCUAAUGUCACAGAUAAACUGGAGUCUACUCCCCUACACAGAGCUUCAACCAAAGGCAACUGCCGUCUGAUCCAGCUGCUGCUCAAACAGCGCGCUUCUACCAACAUACAGGACUCUGAGGGAAACACUGCACUCCACCUGGCGUGUGACGAGGAGCGUGUGGAGGCAGCUAAACUCCUGGUGGAGAACGGAGCCAGCAUCUACAUAGAGAACAAGGAGGAGAAGACGCCAUUACAGAUCUCUAAAGGUGGUCUGGCCACUCUGCUGAGGAGGAUCGUAGGAGGAAACGUCUGAUCCACCUGACUACACACUGAAGCAGCGAGAAGAUCCAGUCGACGUGGUCUAAAUGGGCUUCCUCAUCUCACCUCUCCAUCCUUUCUCCUCAUCUCUCCUUUAUCUGUGCUGAUUUGAGGAAACAGGAUAAACUCUUCCAUAUUACGUUGACCUAUCCUCUAUAUUCCAGUCCGGGGGGAGGGGACUUCCACCAGGCCAGUAACAGUUCACUGGAGAUGAGGGAGAGGCGAUUAGGAGAUGAGGGAGAGGCGAUUAGGAGAUGAGGGAGAGGCGAUGAGGAGAUGAGGGAGAGGCGAUGAGGAGAUGAGGGAGAGGCGAUGAGGAGGCCACUGGACUAUUGACAUGCAGUCUGUAUGGCAGCAUUUUGGUUGGAGGAAAGAGAUGUUCUGACUGGAUGUAUAUCUCAGAGACUGACCAUGAUAAUACCCUACAGCUACUUACCAGAGAAACAUAUGUUGUAAGUUUGAAACUGUUCUAGAAAUUCAGCUUCUUAAAACUUGUUUAAAAAAAAGAUGUAAUAAGUUGGUGUCUUAACAACUUGAUUAAAUGAAUCACCUCAACUAUAUAUGUUAAUAUCCAGGCCUAUUUAAAACAGGUUUCACUGUCUGGAUGUGUAAUGUGAUUUGGUAGUAAGUUCAUUGCAUUCAUUUGAUUCCAAUUAAAUUGAUCAUCUAACAAGUUACAUUAAAUUCCUAUUUUGGUUGUGAA